AUAUAAUGUGUGUUUGUAGUAAGUGAUGUUCUGAAUGUGUCUCUCAGGAAUCAGAGGGACAUAUCAAGGCCUCACAGCGACCGUCCUCAAACAGGGAUCCAAUCAGGCGAUCCGGUUCUUCGUCAUGACCUCUCUAAGGAACUGGUACAAGGGUGACAAUCCCAACAAAUCCAUCAACCCCGUCAUCACCGGAGUGUUUGGUGCGAUCGCAGGAGCUGCUUUGACUGCUGGAAAGCUUGGUCCCCCUCAGUUAAAAAAUCCCAUCUGCGCACCUGGCACAAAAGUAUUCUUGUAAAAUUUAAAUCGACCCACUGAUGUCUCAUGGACUGUUGAAGCGAU